UCAGUCUGUCAGUGCUGCAUCCACUGAGAAGGAGGAGGACAGGGCCACACAUUAACCCUGAGCUGUAAACGUGCACAGAGAGGGCUUUCAGGACCAAUCUGUGUCAAUUUCUGCAGCGUUUUCCUGGACGGCAGCGUCGCUCUUUUGUUGCCAUCAGUCGCCGGGCUGCAGGAGGAAGAAGUGGGGAGGACUCGCCUCCUUGAAGCCCGAUCUGUCGGUGGCGGAAGGGACGUGAUAUGAACCCCUCAUCGGCUUAAACAGCAGUGCAGCUAAAUAGCCCCGUUUUCAGGGGGAGGGGGGAGUUAACGGAGGAUCAAAGAGGACAUUUAUACCUUUAAACCUGCAGCUGAAGGCCGAGAAAUAUCCACGGAACCUGUAGCGAUGCCCGGGUUUGAUUACAAGUUUCUGGAAAAGCCAAAGAGACGGUUCCAGUGUCCGCUCUGCAGCAAGGCGAUGCGGGAGCCGGUCCAAGUGUCUACCUGUGGACAUCGGUUCUGUGACACCUGUCUGCAAGAAUUUCUGAGUGAGGGCGUCUUCAAGUGUCCAGAGGACCAGCUGCCGUUGGACUAUGCCAAGAUCUACCCGGACCCGGAGCUGGAGCAGCAGAUCCUGGCGCUGCCCAUCCGCUGCAUCCACAGCGAGGAGGGCUGCCGCUGGACCGGCCAGAUGAAGCAGCUGCAGGGCCACUUCUCCACCUGCGCCUUCAAUGUGAUACCCUGCCCCAACCGAUGCUCCGUCAAGCUGACACGCCGCGACUUGCCCGACCACCUGCAGCACGACUGCCCCAAGCGGAAGGUCAAGUGCGAGUUCUGUGGCAGCGAGUUUACCGGUGAAGCCUACGAGAACCACCAGGGCGUGUGUCCACAGGAGAGUGUUUACUGUGAGAACAAGUGUGGAGCGAGGAUGAUGCGUCGCCUGCUGUCCCAGCACGGCCUGGCCGAGUGUCCCAAACGCACACAACCCUGCAAGUACUGCGGCAAGGAGUUCGUCUUCGACACAAUCCAGAACCACCAGUACCACUGCCCUCGGUUUCCUGUCCAGUGCCCAAACCAGUGCGGCACACCCAACAUCGCCCGAGAGGAUCUGGCUAACCAUGUGAAGGACAACUGUGGCAGCGCGCUCGUUCUCUGCCCCUUCAAAGACGCCGGCUGCAAACACAGGUGCCCCAAACUGGCUAUCGGUCGUCACCUGGAGGACACCACUAAGUCUCACCUGACUAUGAUGUGUAACCUGGUGGGGCGUCAGCGGCAGGAGAUCCUGGAGCUGCGGAGGGAGAUGGAGGAGCUGUCCGUCAGUCACGACGGCGUUCUCAUCUGGAAGCUCAACGACUAUUCCCGCAAACUGCAGGAGGCCAAACUCCGAAGCAACCACGAGUUCUUCAGCCCGCCCUUCUACACUCACCGAUACGGCUACAAGCUGCAGGUGUCGGCCUUCCUGAACGGCAACGGCAGUGGCGAGGGCUCCCACCUCUCCGUCUACAUCCGCGUGUUACCCGGCGAGUACGACAGCCUGCUGGAGUGGCCCUUCUCCUACAAGGUGACUUUCUCCAUCAUGGACCAGAGCGACCCAUCGCUUUCCAAACCCCAGCACAUCACGGAGACCUUCAACCCCGACCCCAACUGGAAGAACUUCCAGAAACCCUGCAGCAGCCGCAACUCGCUGGACGAGAGCACCCUGGGCUUCGGCUACCCCAAGUUCAUCUCUCACGAGGAGAUCAAGAAGAGGAACUACAUCCGAGACAACUGCAUCUUCAUCAAGGCUUCUAUAGAGAUUCCCCAGAAGAUAAUGGCUUAAGAUCCGACCUUUGUUUUCUUUUCAUGAAGGAGAAAGAUAGGUUAAAGACUGGAACUGACACUUAACCUUGAAAACUUCGACACACUUACCCUUUAGAUACUUUCUGCCCUUGCAGCCUCUCCACCACAGAGCUUGAAGCGAGUCUGUUUGGCUGUGUGAGCUGACUCGGAGGACCUUGAUAUAUCACAGAGGAGAAAGUGUUUGGUCUGCAGAACCAUCACUCUCUGGUGUUUCUUUUUAUUCUUUUUUUUUAUCUGUUUGCUGACCUUUUAUCACAGUCUACAACAAAAAGCCUUGGAAAUCAAACAGUGCCUAGAGAGUUUAUCUUAAGUUAUAUUUUUGUUGUUAUUUCCGCAGUACAGAUGUUAAAGAUUAUGGAAAAGAUAUUAAAUAAAGGGGGUGAAGGGCUUCGCUAAGCCUCUGCACUUAGAGUAGAGAGAAAGUUGGAAGCUGGUUAGAGACAUCCCGUUGGGGUGAUCUGAAGAAGAGGGAGCUCAGCAGACUCAAGCUGAAGCCCAACUGCCUUUUGUUUACAUGCUCAUACAGUAUACUCCCGCUGAUCCGUUAACAAACACAGAGCCCUUGGUAAGAGACUGCUCGGGAGGUUUGUGUACACACAAACAUCAAAUCAAUGUUUUCAAGUCAGAAACUUGCAGCUUCAAUCAUUUUUUUGUUUUAAAAUAAUAGUAUUACAUUUUGCUUUAGUUGAAUUAGAAGAUCAAUAAUAUUUUUAUUCAUAUCUCUACAUUCAAUAUACGAUGACAGUCAGCCGCUGGUUAGCUUAGCUUAGCUUAGCAUGAACAGGGGGAAACGGUUAGCCUGGUGCUUUUCAAAGGCAACAAAAUCUGCACCCCUAAAACUCACUGAUAAUAACGUUAUAUUUUGUUGGUUUUAUUUAUAUCAACUAGUAAUUUGUAAUAUUUACCUGUCAAUUAUUUGUACAGAUAAAACAAAUGUCAAGUAGGAAGCUAAGGAGGUGCUUUUGUUUCUAAACUUUUGGACAGGACUAGCCUAGCUGUUUUUAUGCCAAGUCAGAUUAAGCUAAUGGCUUCUGGUUGUAGCUUAAUAUUUAAAAGAAACAUUGAUGUUUUGGGAAAUCUUGUUUUUUACUUUCUUACCAAGAUGAGAUGAU